AGCACUUGUUGUGUCUUGUGGCCACUUUGGUGCCAGAUAAGCGUUGACGGAAGACACUGGAUUUAUUUUUAAUACAUUAGAGAUUUGCAGCAUUUAACAGUACUUUCUCUCAUAUAGGCUGCAUACCAAAACAUUACUUUCUGAAUAUAUUUGAGUGUUGUCGCCUGCGCAUAGCCGUCGGACCGGCCUAUUCGGCAUUGUUUUUUGGGGCGACCGUUAUCCAGCAACAGAGCCAGACAGGAAGAGCGAGGGAACUUAUUCCACGAGCCUCUUUAGACCGACCGGAGAUAAAUCGAGGAAACAUUCGUAAUUAGAAACAGUUACGUAACCUGGUAUAGGUGGAACGUCACGGAUACGCCUGGUAUCCAACAACAAGUCAACUUUCAGCCUGUCAUUAUUUUAUUUUUGUUAUUUUAUACGGAUAAAAUUACCGCCCGUGUUCAUGCCAGAUCUGCAGCGCUUUAGUUUUCCAUACCAUAGUAUGAAUCCUUUGUUAGAGGCGAACUCGCUUCUCCAACAUCAACAGCAGCAGAACCAAGGAGGACCGAGUCAUCCAGAUUCGCCCUCAGGCCUUCUACCCGAAGCCGUCUUCUGCUCGCCCGACCCGACAUCUUUCUUCCUGGGCGACCAUCCCGGACUGGGCUCGGAAUCUCUGCCAGGGUUCGAUUUCACCACACCCUCACAAGCUUACCUGCAUCUGAACCAUAAUAACCACUCUUAUCACCGGUCUGUGCCCCAACCUCCUGCAGCGAUGGCCCUGAGGAACGACCUGGGCUCCAAUAUCAGUGUCCUAAAGACUCUGAACUUACGGUUCCGAUGCUUUCUGGCCAAAGUACAUGAACUUGAGCGAAGGAAUAAGAUUUUGGAGAAACAACUACAACAGGCGUUGGAUGCGAAGAACAGCUGUGAUGGAAGUUGUUCUGAAAGCGCUAGACGGGCCCAUACCCAAGAAACAGGUGUACAGACCGGGUUUGUGGGAACUAUCACGCUCAGGCCCGGGUCACUCCCGUUCCAAAACACCAAUAACUCUGCGAGACGACCCACUACCCUCUUCACACCUGCCCUCAACACUGUCCUCACGCUUGAGUCCAAGAACAAAGCUGAAACAAACCCCACCGAACCGAAUCAGAAUCCAACCAUCACGGUAAGCCUAUCAACCCCGACAAUCGACUCUCCAGCCGGGUCCAAUUCAAUCACCAACGGGAAAACGGUUUUCAGUACUGGCACUGGAACCCCCACCAACCCGCCUCCCCGGUUCCUCCCCGGUACCAUCUGGUCCCACAACCAUACCCGCAAGCUCGGUUCUGGCGUGGAGACGCGCGUCACCAGCCCCGGUGUGUCCUGGGUCCAGCCGGACGGGGUCGGGGUCCAGAUUGACACCAUUACCCCAGAGAUCAGAGCCCUGUACAACGUCCUGGCCAAAGUCAAGAGGGAGAGAGACGAGUACAAACGCAGGUGGGAGGAAGAGUACACUGUCAGAGUGGACAUGCAGCAGAAGAUGGAAGACCUACAGGAGGACCUCCAGGAGAGUGAGGGCUGUCAGGAUGAGUUGGCUGUCAGAGUGCAGCAGCUGAAGUCUGAACUGGUGCUCUUCAAAGGCCUCAUGAGCAACAACAUGUCUGAUCUGGACAGUAAGAUCCAGGAGAAGGCCAUGAAGGUGGACAUGGACAUCUGUAGACGCAUCGACAUCACGGCUCGCCUGUGUGACGUGGCCCAGCAGAGGAACUGUGAGGAUGUCAUUCAGAUGUAUCAGGUCCCUAACACCCAGUCUGCCAUCAACUGUCGCCCUCGGAAACAGACCCCGCUGUCCGUCAACAGUAGUGAGGGUGACGAGACUAUCAGCACCUCGGAGAGCGAUGGGGGCCUGCCCAGAGAGGAGGAGCUCUGUGGCUCGUCAGCCAAUCAGAUCAAUGAGGAAAUGCAGAGGAUGCUCAACCAGCUGCGGGAGUGUGAGUUUGAAGAUGACUGUGACAGCUUGGCCUGGGAGGAGACAGAGGAGACUCUGCUGCUGUGGGAGGACUUCCCAGGAUGCACUCUGGCUCCAGAGACCACCCACCAGCCAGGAGAGCAGGAAGACCAGUGUCUGGAGAAGGUGAUUAACGACACUGAGGACUUAUUCAAAUCCAGGGAGAAAGAAUACCAAGAGACCAUCGACCAGAUUGAGUAUGACUUGGCUACAGCUAAGAGUGAUAUGAACCGUCACCUACAUGAAUACAUGGAGAUGUGUUCUAUGAAGAGAGGCCUGGAUGUGCAGAUGGAGACCUGCAGGAGACUCAUCACCCAGAGUGGGGACAGUAAGCCUGGCUCUCCUGUGGCUGGUGAGGAGAGCGUUGACCAGGCUAAGAAGGAAGGGACAACAGCGUCACCUCUUCUCUCGAACUCUCCUCCCAGAUCAUGACCUAUCAAGACCACCUCCAUCACAUGACUUUCAUACCAUCCAAGCACUGUACCACGCAACACUCUACCGUCACUAUAGCAACGCCAUGUUUACAUUCUAAACACUAGAUGCUUAUUAGUCUAUUUUUAAUUUUCUUCAUGCUAUCUUCAUUCACAUACCUCAAAAUUGGAAAGUUGCAGAUCUAUCUGUUUUUAGCUACGGUGUAGUGUUGUGUGUUUCCAACAGCUUUUAGUCCCCUCUACUGGAAAGUGGUAUUACUAGCACCAUGGAAGUCUGUACAUAAGAAUCCACUGUUUAGCAGAGCAAAGGUAACGAGGUAAUGGAUUGAAAUACACAACUUGAAUUGAGAAUACCUCAUAGAAACAUAUGAGCAAUAUUUGAAUGAACUCAUAUGAGUUGUAGGCUAGCGUGUACUCUUAAGGUAGUUGUUGGUACUACAGAGAACCAUGGUAAUAACUCCCAUAGCAUGAUUCAUUUCCACACAGCCAUAAUGAUAAACACGCCACACACCAAUACAUUCAUGAUAGGCUAGCAUAGCAGAUCAUUCUAACAGUGUGCUGUCCUGUUGCAACAUUGAGGGUUGUUUUCAGACUCAGUCAAACUCACCUAGAAGUAUAACACAGUAAAUAUAAGCCUUAGGGUGUGUUCGUAAAUUCACUCUGGAGUGCCAGAGUGCGCUCUGUGUGUUCGUAAAUUCAAAGCUUUGUCAGAUUGUCCGUUGGUAAAUUCGGCGUGAUUCGCUCUUGGAGAGUCCAGAGUUCACGCUGGACGCUCCGGCCGAGGAGGGUUGAGCCUUCUGACCUCACAAUGGCAGUCAAGCGAACUGGCUAACGUUGGCUAGCUUGCUAGCUACUUCCAGACAAAAAUGAGAGCACCUCACUCUGACCAUUUUACUCACCCUAGCAGAGCUGGUUUGGCUGUUUACAUGUUAUCCAGAGUGCUGGUGACUAACUGUGAUGCUGGCAACAAUUUAAUUAAGCCUUUUGCCGAUGUUUACUGACACCGGCCCUAUUCAACGGGUGUUGAGCACUGAUAAAGUCAUCAGUUAUUCUGUGCUCUGGCACACUCAGAUGAGAGUGCUUUGAAAUCGGAGUCGAUAGCCAGAGAAAAUUUACGAACGCACGCUUAAACAAAGCAAAGCCCAGUUGGCAAGAGAGAAAAACUCCAGAUGUAUCACUUUAUUAACAACAAAACAGAAAUAUACUGUACUGUAUCAUAGUUAUUCAAACGGACUAAAAUAAUAUCAAAUCACUCAUUUUAUCAAGAUAUCUACACUUCAUUCAUAGGUAUCGAUGAAAACUAGAAAAAGUCCAAUCGUAAACUAAACUCUAAGAUGCAGUCACUCCGAUGGCGUCACUGAUAUCCCGUGUGUGUGAUUCUGCACUCAUGAGUCACAUUUUGAAACAAAACCUGCCCGUCUCUCUGCCCUUUUGUUGACACCAAACAGGGUGUCAUGGUAACAUUAUUUUACCGUCCUGUUUCACUUACCUGGUAUUUACUAAGGAAUUAUUUGAUAACAUUGUGUAACAUUGUAUUCUUCUUCAACACAACUGGUAACUAACUACCUGGUACUAAAUGUUACAUAGUGGUGCUUGUUUCACUGAAUCCCCAAAUAACCCCAAAAGGAGUUUUAUUGUAAUUAUAAUGUAAUACCAUUUUACUGUGUUGAGUAAAGUAAAUAGGACACUGUAACCAGAGUCAACAAGAGGAGAGUGGGGGAGAGCGAGAGCAGAGUUUUUUGUUUUAGAAUGCAGCCGUAGCCUAGGGGUUUCCACUAGAUAACACAGCCACAAAAUCAAAAUAGGCUAUAUCGAAGGUUAGCAGUGUGGUUAAGUUUAGGGUCAGAUUUUAAGAAAAUAAAUUGUAGAAAUAGACAGGGUUUAUGACUUUGUGGUUGUGUAAACUAGUGAUUACCAUAGCCUAGCCUGGUUCCAGAUCUGUAUAUGUGCUUUAGUCAACUCCUCAAACUAUCGUUGUCAUGCCAUAUGCUUUUCUAUGUGACACCCCAGAGAGGUCAUCUCUGCCACUGAUCCACUUCUAUCAGGGACUUUGACUUUUGUCAUGGCAUCUAUGGUGAAAGAAGUUCGCUAGAGCACAUACUGAUCUGGUACCAGGCUAGUCAUAGGCUCUGUGUCGGCCCUAUAUGUGGUAGUGCAGUGUGAAUAGUGUAAAUACUCUGUUAAAGCUGAUCUGAGGGCAGCUCUGGGGCCUUGCCCUGCUCUCUGUGUCUCUCUGUCACUGACACAGGGAGAGGGAUACAUAUAACAAAGGGCAUUGACACCCAAGUGUUAUUAUACCUACGAGCUGUCUAAUGUAUUCAAAUGUUUUGUUUAGUUUCCAGCAGCAGAGAGCAGAGAAAGCCCUGCUACUCUGUCCUCUAGCAGUGAGAUGGGUAGGCUAGCUAUGAUAAGUUAGAUAGGCGAGAUCUAUGUAUCUGUUCUGUGCUCUCUAUUUCUAUGUCUGAUCUGGUUGGUAAGGACACAAUGCAUUUGUAGUAUUGUAUCAGAGAGAAACGGAAGAUUGAUGAACAGGCUAUAAAAGACAGACUGUCCACAGAUUAACAAAUAGACAGACAGACAGAAGAAUGUACAGUACGGAUAGAUAGAUGGACAGAUUAAUGAAUAGAUGGAUAGAUUGAUGACCUGCUGAGAUAAUUUGUGUUUGCUACUUGAGUGCCAAAGCAACUGAAAACAAGCAGUCUGAAUUAACUUUGAGAAAUAUUGCUGAAACAUUGUUAUAUAAGUACUAAAUACUGAUGCUGAAAAGCUAUCUGACACGGUGCUUGAUAUGGCCUAACCUAUUUUUGAGCUUAAAAGUUAGCCGGUAUAAAGAAAGAGCAAAGCAAAUAUGUAUAUUCAAUAAUACAGCAGUAACAGCAAUAAUACGAGUAUUAUAUGUAACAGAAAAGUAAUAAUGACAUGUACAAAUGUAGGAUCUUAAUUUGAUCACCUUUGUUGCUGAGAAUUUUCCUGUUCUAAAAGGGCUUCUAAAGUUUGUAAUUUCCACUUUGAAAUGUCAGACUUGAUUUUCCCUAAUGAAAAAUUCAUCAACCCAUACAAAAAUGGCCAUUAAUUAUAAUCCACAUAAUGAAUCACAUUUGAUGUUGCUGCAGAAUUUUGUCCUACCUCAAAUUAAGAUUCUACAUCUGUAAUAAGUCAAACUCGUACACAUCACGAAUGUAAACAAUUACUGAGGAAAACUUGUUUUAUUUUCUCCACUUGUCAUCUAUUUGUAGAUGAGGUGAAAUCGCUACAGCUGAGGAGUAGAUUUCCCCUGUGUUAAUUCAACAUACACAAUGUUAAUAUUCAGUAGAAUGUAGAUGUACAAUACAUUUUUGUUUGUCUUCAUUGACAUUGAAAGAUGCUUGACUUUGAAUACAAAACCUCAGAUAAACAAUAUUUAAUAACUCUAUUAGAACACAAGGAUUCCUUCACAAACACUAUCUCUUUAUCAACAACCAAAUGGAGUCCAUUUCAUUUGUGUUUUUCUUUUUCUUGUUUGAUGAGGAAGUUGUUGAAACAGGUGCAGGCUGCUGGUCACACCUCAAUAUUGUAGAAGGGUUUCCAAGGCUUUCUCUGAACGAUUAUAUAGGUUGUGAAUUACAGGUUUUGAAACCAUGAAAAAAAUGAUAUGCAUGUCUUAAGCUACAGUUGAAAUUGGAAGUUUAUAUACACUUAGAUUGGAGUAAUUAAAACUUGUUUUUCAACCACUCCACAAAUUUCACAAGUCGGUUAGGACAUCUACUUUGUGCAUGAUACAAGGAAUUUAUCCAACAAUUGUUUACAGACAGAUUAUUUAACUUGUAAUUCACUGUAUCACAAUUCCAGUGGGUCAGAAGUUUACAUACACUAAGCUGACUGUGCCUUUAAACAGCUUGGAAAAUUCCCGAAAAUGUCAUAGCAUUAGAAGCUUCUGAUAGGCUAAUUGUUAUCAUUUGAGUCAAUUGGAGUUGUACAUGUGGAUGUAUUGCAAGGCCUACCUUCAAACUCAAGUGUAUCUUUGCUUGACAUCAUGGGAAAAUCAAAAGAAAUCAGCCAAGACCUCAGAAAACAAAUUGUAGACCUCCACAAGUCUGGUUCAUCCUUAGUACCCAAGUAUAAACACCAUGGGACCAUGCAGCCGUAAUAGCGCCCAGGAAGGAGACGUGUUCUGUCUCCUAAAGAUGAACGUACUUUGCUACAAAAAGUGCAAAUCAAUCCCAGAGCAACAGUAGAGGACCUUGUGAAGAUGCUGGAGGAAACAGAUACAAAAGUAUCUAUAUCCACUGUAAAACGAGUCCUAUAUCGACAUAACCUGAAAGGCCGCUCAGCAAGGAAGAAGCCACUGCUCCAAAACCAUCAUAAAAAACCCAGACUAGGGUUUGCAACUGCACAUGGGGACAAAGAUCAUACUUUUUGUAGAAAUGUCCCCUGGUCUGAUGAAACAAAAAUAGAACUGUUUGGCCAUAAUGACCAUCGUUAUGUUUGGAGGAAAAAGGGGGAAGCUUGCAAGCUGAAGAACACCAUCCCAAGCAACAUCUCAAGACAUCAGUCAGGAAGUUAAAGCUUGGUCGCAAAUGGGUCUUCCAAAUGGACAAUGACCCCAAGCAUACUUCCAAAGUUGUGGCACAAUGACUUAAGGACAACAAUGUCAAGGUAUUGGAGUGACCAUCACAAUGCCCUGACCUCAAUCCUAUAGAACAUUUGUGGGCAGAACUGAAAAAGCGUGUGUGAGCAAGGAGGCUCAGUUACACCAGCUCUGUCAGGAGGAAUGGGCCAAAAUUCACCUAACUCAUUGUGGGAAGCUUGUGGAAGGCUACCCGAAACGCUUGACCCAAGUUCAACAAUUUAAAGGCAAUCCUACCAAAUACUAAUUGAGUGUAUGUAAACCUCUGACCCACUGGGAAUGUGAUGAAAGAAAUAAAAAUUGAAAAAAAUCAUUCUCUCUUCUGUUAUUCUGACAUUGCACAUUCUUAAAAUAAAGUGGUGAUCGUAACUGAACUAAGACAGGGAAUUUUUACUAGGAUUAAAUGUCAGGAUUUGUGAAAAACUGAGUUGAAAUGUAUUUGGCUAAGGUGCAUGUAAACUUCUGACUUCAACUGUAUGUAUUGGGUAUGCCAUUCCUUGGGCUAGGAGUUUCUCCUGACCACAUGACCUCGGUCCUAGACCAGAGGUGUCCAACUAUUACCCUACGAGGUCCGGAGCCUGCUGCUUUUCUGUUCUACCUGAUUUACUAAUUGUACCCACCUGGUGUCCCAGGUCUAAAUCAGUCAAAAUCAAUCAGAGUUGAGUUUGAGGGUCCUAUGCUGUAAGGCUUGAACUAGUGUUUUUUUCUGCUCAGGUCAUAUGGCCAGUAAACUCCUGCCCCUAGCAUUCCUGCUCUUUGGCCAGAACUGGAGAUUAACAUGGAGAAUAGAAGGCAGCGUAGAAAUAGUGUGAGAAUAUGUACUUGUAAAAAAAUAUAUACUACACGCACAGAGAGACUGAGUCUCUGCAGUAUGUAUGCAUGAGUCAGCGUGUAUGUUUAGGAGAGUGUUCUAAUGUCCUUGGUUUUUAAAGAGAGUUUUACUGGUUCACUUACACCAUGAAGAAUACAAUAGUCCUAAAAUGCACACUGUCUUCCAGUGUCUGUCUGACAAUAGACCAAUUCAUAUCCUCUUCACAACUGAACUGAAGGCUAAUGGUAUAACUGAAUCAUUGUAAACUAGAGUGGUAGGGACCAUACAGUGAUGUGUUCUGCUGACUGGAUUCCCAUCUCUACAAAUGUCUGUAAAUCGACUUGAAAUACUGUAUAUAUGUAAAUCAAUGAUGUACAAUAAUCACUCUAAUAUUCCUUCAAUAAUCCACUUUCUUCAUGAGUGUAUGUGAUUACAAAGUAAAUUCGUUUUAGAAAUGGCACCAAAGUGUAAAAAAUAAUAAAUAAAAAUAACUACUCACAUGCAAA